UUUUUUUUUUUUUUUGAUAAAUCUACUCGCCAAAUUGAACAACAAACAAGAUGAUGAAUAUUGAUUGAUUUUAUAACUAUUCGAUUAUUGGAGAAAUUAUUUUAAAAAAAGUUCCUUUGAAAAAAUUAUCAAUUUUUUUCGAUCGAUUGAGAAAAAAAUAUUCCAAACAACAACAUUAUUAUCAUCAUUGCCGGUCAACCAUUUCGACAAUAAUUGUCUUCAAUUUUUUUUCUCUCUUUCACGACUCUGUUUUCCAUCAUAUGAUUUUUUUUCAUCAUCAUCAUCAUCAUCAUCAGAAUCAAUCAGCUGCUUAAUUAUUGUUAUAUUGAUUGAUUCUUUUUUGUUCAUUAAUUUUUUAUUUUUUUUUCUUGUGGCCAAUCGUGAAAUGCGACAUUGUACAUUAUGACCGAAUAUAAAUUGGUUGUAGUCGGCGCUGGUGGUGUCGGCAAAAGUGCCUUAACCAUACAAUUAAUUCAAAAUCAUUUUGUUGAUGAAUAUGAUCCAACUAUUGAAGAUUCUUAUCGUAAACAAGUUGUUAUCGAUGGCGAAACAUGUCUACUUGAUAUAUUGGACACUGCUGGUCAAGAAGAAUAUAGUGCUAUGCGUGACCAGUAUAUGAGAACUGGUGAAGGGUUCUUAUUGGUAUUCGCUGUCAAUAGUGCAAAAUCAUUCGAAGAUAUAUCCACAUACAGGGAACAAAUUAAACGGGUCAAAGAUGCCGAAGAUGUUCCCAUGGUGCUAGUGGGAAAUAAAUGCGAUCUGCCAGUCCGUUCUGUUUAUAUAAAUGGAGCAGCCGAAGUUGCCAAAAAUUAUGGUAUACCAUUCGUGGAAACAUCGGCCAAAACUAGAAUGGGUGUCGAUGAAGCCUUCUAUUCAUUAGUACGUGAAAUACGUAAAGAUCGUGAACGUCGUGGUAGAGAUAAAAGAAAGAAUCAAAAAUCAUCGAAAAAAUGUAUCAUUCUUUGAACACAAAAAAUACAUAUACACAUACACACACA